CGAUGUGUUGUGGGCCGCCGUGUGUUGUGCUGGGCCCCGUGUGCGCCGACCUUUGAUGGGACGGGGACGGGCUGACGGACGCACGCGUGUUGUCAACGAGUGCGCGAUUUAACGCGGACGCGGCGUCCAUUAGUCGUUAGGUCCGCGUUAAGUCGCGAGAUGAUACGCUCCGCUUCGCGGCGAAGCUCGUCCGAUCCGCGUCAUCGCGUCCCGCUCGCUCCCUCGCCGAGAUAUCCCCUGGCUUAACCUACAAGAGUUACUUGGCGCGAGGACUUCCCGCGUUUGCACGUUUCAAGAAAACUGCACAAUUACGUGGAAGUUAUAGGGCAAUAUCAGCAAUCACUAUGGCGGGAGAACAACAGCAGUUUUUUCUUAAAUGGAACGACUUCCAAUCGAAUAUGGUGUCGUCGUUCAAACACCUGCGAGAUGAAAAAAGUUUCACGGAUGUGACAUUGGCUUGCGAUGGUCAAACUUGUAAAGCGCAUAAAAUGGUCUUAUCCGCCUGUAGUCCUUACUUCAAAUCCUUGUUAGAGGAAAAUCCGUCCAAACAUCCUAUCAUAAUUCUAAAGGAUGUUGCAUACAGCCAUUUGCAAGCCAUUCUAGAAUUCAUGUACGCAGGUGAAGUGAACGUUUCACAAGAUCAGUUACCAGCGUUUCUCAAAACAGCAGACCGGCUUAAAGUUAAAGGACUAGCUGAAGCUCCUGGUGCCAUUAAGAGAGAAGGUCUUUGAAAAGCUGGACUGAAAAGAAAAAAACAAUGUAAUAAUGUAAAGUGAUUGCGCAAAACACAUACCACAAACAACAUAAACACACAAUAACACAUACAUGAAUUCAUAUAUAUAUAUAUAUUUUUACUUUAUAUAUAUAAUAUAUAUAUAUGUAUAUAUAUAUAUUAUAUGUACUGAUAUAUAUGUAUAUAUAAAAUAAACAUUACAUGUGCACAACCCAGCAUCCUGUGGUUCAUGACUUGGAUCAACAUAUGUACGAUGACAAUGUAAAAUAAUGCCUUUUCUUAAUCUCAUUUAAUGUUAAUGAUUGUACUGAUGGUAUGACAGUACACAUAAGUAGAGACGAGAUGUUGAUGUUUGUCUUGAACCUAUUACGCCACAUUGCAGCGGCAACAAUAACACAACAACAUUGAUUAUUUUUUUAAAAUAAGGCGCCACGAGGCGCGAAUAAAUGGGUCGCGAUAGUUUACGAUAUAUGCUGACCGGGGCAGUCUUGAUAGAUCAAGUUGGAAAUGUUGAGGACACCUGUUACAAUGCCCGUUUUUUCAAGCCGAUCUACUUGACUCACAGCACUCCCCUAUCGGUUCCAUUUGGUAGAUCUAUUCACGAAGUAGCUUUAUACCUUUGCCUUUGUCGCGCAUCAACUGAUCACUUAUCAUGAAACUCAUUUGAGAGCCGUACAUACAUAGCCUAUCGAAAUGAAAGUUUCUUUUUGAUAGACGAUCUACAUGUACUCCAUUCAUUUUCAUGGAAUAUUUAUCUGACAAUGAGGAAAUGAUCAUAAAAGUAAUGACACGAUUAUAGAAAUGUUUUUCUUGAAGAAAUCUAUCGUAGGGCAUUAACGAUUUUAUUUCGCACUAGAUUAUAUAUAAAUGAUAGUUGAACAAAGGAAAGUAUCAUUGGCAUCCAAUCAGGAAGUUGUGCUUCUAUCGUGGAUAGAUUUGCGAAACCUCCGACAAUUAAAGAAUAUUAAAUCAAGUUUGCUGGAAGUAGUAACGUGCGUGUUUACGUCAUUUAAUACAGAUUUCUUUUGUCAAAUUUGCAAAAUGACAUUAAAACGACGUUUGUGCGUGUUCGCGCGAAAUGUAAAAAAAGAGGAAUGAAAUACUCGAGAAGAAUUGUUCUUACAAUCGCAAUCGAUCCCGUACAAGUUACCUCUUCUAGUGAUCAUGAUUUUUACUUAACCAAAUACUGCCAGUAUUUGUACCGGCGUAUUCACAAUAUUACCGAUAGACCAAAUUUAUUUAUGAUAAUAAUAUAUUAAGGGUUGAAAAAAAUGAUGUGUGUGUUUUAAAUCGAGGGAAGGUUAUUGUAAUAUAAGCGAAGUAAAUUUUUGUAAAGUCGGAGCGCACAGUUCCUUUUCCCUCCCGACAACCAAGAUGAAAAAAUUUAGAAAAAAAUGUCAGGAAACAUUAUCGAGUCAAGGACACAAAAAUCAAUAUAUUAUACAUAUUUUUCUUCUUGUCUUUGUGCGAUCAAGUAUUUUAACAUUAUUCGGACUUUAUUCUUUGUUAUCUUGAAAUUAAUAUAAUAUUGUAUACGAAUUUUUAUUAAUUUUAUUUAUUAUUAAAUAAGUCCGCGCUCGCGAUUCCUGGCUGUAUGUUUCUUAUAAUUAUACAUUAAGAAUCUCUAUAGUUAUGUGAAUUUUUCUUACAAUUUAAUUAUUCUUGUGCUUAAUAUGAAUUUAUUUCAACUUCAAUUAUUACGUGAAUUAUAUCGAAUUAGCACGAGUAAACUCCUACGGACACUAUUUAGGAUCGUACACAUUCAUCGAUAUUAAUCUCGCAAAUGAAUUAGCGCAUUAUUUCCUAUCGAUUUUGCUUCGGAUGUUUCUGUAACACAUAAAAUUGCACUGAAAGCAUAGGUCGUAAGAAUGGUCCGUCACAAGGAAACAUACAGAUUUCGAUAAUACCUGCAUUAACAAGAACACAAGUUCUGAUAAUAAACGGGACCAUUCACGUGUAAGUGGCAGUAAGCGGAGUUUGCGGUAUAAGAAUAAUUGGCGAACAUUGGAAUGUCUCUUUUCGGAAUAAAAACUUAGUUAUUCGACCGGCUUAAUCAUCUUUUGCAGUCAUCCGACAGCAAUAUCGUGCAAUAGAUAUCCGACGUUCAUUCGCAAUGUUUAAAGCGGUAUUAAAUGCCUCAAGAUGGAUGGAUUCAGUUCCUACAAUGAUACGUUUGCUGGGCAUUUGGUGGUUGAAUGUGAAUAGUUGUACCAUAUACAUUUGCUAUGCUGUAAA